AUGGAUCUCAACCAACAACAACAACAAAUUAUACAACAACAACAACAAUUUACACAACUAAUACAAACACCACCACCACAACCACAAACACCACUGAUAUUAAGUGCCGGGGGACAAGAACCAUUAUCACCACCACGACCGCGACGAGGACAAGAACCAUUAUCACCACCACGACCACGACGAGAACAAGAACCAUUAUCAACAUUAUCAACAUUAUCAUCACCAUCUGAAUCUGAAUCACUACCAUCUAGACGAUUAAUGCAACCCAAGAAAGAUGGGAAAAUUCUGACAUGUCAGUGGCGAAAAUGUCAUGAAAAAUUUAAAAAAAUGUGUAAAUAUAUUCAUCACGAAUAUUUUAAACACCAAAAAAAAAAAUUGAAAUGUGCCAGUUGUGGAAGAAAAUUCACAUCAAAAUCAGGUUUAUACAAACAUAAAAAAAACCAUGAAAAAAAUAAGCCACCCCAACCACCAUCACCACCACCACGACGAGGACAAGAACCGCAAGCACCACCACGACGAGGACAAGAACCAUAA